AUGCUGCCAGUAGAGCCCCAUUCCCAGGUCCUGAACUGGGAGCGCUACAACAAGGACCAUGGUUUUAAGCUGGUCUACUUCCCCUCCCGUGCUGGCCCUCGAGGUGAGGCGCCUGUGAAUAUCUCAGCGUGGUGGCUGCCGGCGCCCUCCCGAGGAGGAAAGCCUGCGCCCCGCAUCGUGGUCAUGCAUGGCGUUGGGGCAAACUGCAACCAUUGCGGCGUCCAGAGCACCUGCUACCUGCUGCGAUCAAUGGGUUUCAGCUGCCUCACUCCCAGUGCCCGGGAUGCUGGGCUGUCGGGGCCUUCGAGCCACCCGGAUAUCAUGUCUUGGGGCUACGACUAUCACCUGGACACCCUCGGAGGCUGGGACUACGCUGUGGGGGAUCCAGAUGGCCUUCUUGGUGGCUCCGUACCGCCCGACAAGGUCGGCGUGAUGGGCUUCUCCAAAGGAGCCUAUGAGAGUUCCAUCGCCUUUGGCCUGGAACAAAGAAUUCCUGGCGCUUGGCUGGAUUCUGGCCCCUACGCUGGCCUGUUUGGAAUGAUUGUCGCCACGGUGGCGCCUAUCGUUGGCAACUUUUUCGGCGACAUCCUGGCAAGAGGGGUCUUCGCCUUCGCAACUUUCUUCUCGGGCCACCGGGUGGAUGUCUACGAUCCGAUGAAGCUGCUUGCCAACUGCACUGCAGGAGACAAAAAGAGGCAGGUGCUGAUCGCCCAUGGCACCUUGGACGACACUGUUCCUGUGGAGUAUUCAGCGAUGGCUAUUGAGGUGCUGUCCGGGGCACCACACUGCUACGAGGUGCGCACCUACACACCACCGGCAUACUGCAAUGGGGCGACCCAUCAUCAGGAGAUGUGGGAGUUCCCCGACGACACGCGGCAGAAGCUUUGCUCCUUCUGGAGCCGCACCUUCGAGCAAGAUCCCGCCCAUUGCGGCCUCGGAAAGCUGCCCAGCUUUCAAAUUUGGGAGCCCAGCGAUAGACUGCCUCCUGGAAGUCCGGCGGCUCCGGCGUUUGUGUGA